AUGCGUUUCACCUCCGUCCUCCUCUUCUCCAUCCCCCUCGUCCUCGCUUCCCCCACGAAGUAUGGCGAGACCGUCACCUCGACCGAGAUCGUGACCGUCCCCUGCGGCGCCUGCUACGGAACCACCACCACCGCCGUGGUCCCCGUCCCCACCUACCCUGCCGAGGAGCCCGAGGCGCCCGUCGAGCCCACAACAUACUCUGUCGAGGAGCCCGCCGAGCCCACAACCUACCCCGUGGACACUCCCGUUGCGCCCACCUACCCCGCGGACGCUCCCGUUGUGCCCACCUACCCCGCGGAGACUCCUGUUGCGCCCACCGAGCCCCCCGUUGUCCCCACCUACCCUGCGGAGACCCCCGUUGCGCCCACUUACCCCGUGGACACACCCGUGGAGACCCCCGUUGCGCCCACUUACCCCGUGGACACACCCGUGGAGACCCCCGUUGCGCCCACUUACCCCGUGGACACACCCGUGGAGACCCCCGUUGCGCCCACUUACCCCGUGGACACUCCCGUCGUCCCCACCUACCCAGCGGAGACCCCCGUUGCGCCCACCUACCCAGCGGAGACGCCCGCCGUGCCCACCUACGCCCCCCCGACCAACGCGACCUACACCGCGCCUCCCGCGCCCCCUCACACGCCUACCAUCGUGGCGCCUUACCCCAUCGGCAACGACACCGCGACUACGGCGACUAGCGAGCCCGUCGGCUCCGGCACCAGCGCCCCCAGCAGCACCAGCAAGAGCUCGAGCUCUUCUUCCAGCAGCAGCAGCUCGAGCUCUGCCGCUCCUUCGGCCACUGCUCCCCCUGCCGAGGAGGGCGCUGCUACUAAGGUCGGUGUCACUGCGCUGUUCGGAAUGGUCCUUAUGGCUGGUGUCGCCGCGUUGUUGUAA